GUUCCCUAAACCAGCGGGGAAGAGCAUUCAAGAUCAGCAAGGCCAGUGUGGUUUAGGCAUAAAGGAAACUUGGUGUGGAAUGAGGCGGGAAGGGCCUUUUGGCCUCCUGAACUGUAGGUCUUUAGUCUGCAGGCAGUUUUAAGGGGGCGAGCACUGCGUGUGGAGCCAUCACCAGCAGUACAGAGGGGAGGAGUUCAAGGUGCAAGAGCCUAGUUAGGAGACUGAUGGUGGGAGAUGUCCUCAGGAGGGUGGUGGCGAUGGACAUGGAGAGAAGUAGGUGGAUUUGAUUGAUGUUUGGAAGUAACAUUCAGAAGCCUUGGUGUUGGAUUAGCUGUGGGAGUGCUGGAGAGCAGACCUGGAAAAGAUGCUGGUCUCUGAGAUGGGGGUUCUGGAAGGACAGUCAGGGAUGAUGCAGAAGAGCCCCGGGAAGUGGAGUGAGGACAGAAAGUAGCAGGAGCUGCGGAAGAGGAGCCACGACCAGAGGAGACGGGCUCUGGGGAUACCUGUCAGUCUGUUCCAGUGCUCAGUGGAUGUGGAGUUUUUCAGUGAUCCCGUCCCAAAUAUUAGCUGGCAUUCUCCUCUAAAGAAUACUUUUCUUCAUCGACUGGGGAUGAUUAUAGUUCUUCCUAAAAAGGAUGGCUGCUCUUUUCCUCAAGAAGUUAACAUUACAAACGGUAAAGACUGAGAAUUACUGCAUUAGAAGAUGUUUGGGCCAAUACAUCUUACAGGGGCCCGUGCCCACACAGCAGCCCCCAAGACCGUCCUGCCUCAUUCACGCGAAAACUUUUAGCACUGAAGACACCCAGGAUGAGAUGACAAAGAAAAAAAAGAACGCGACGGCUUUCAGUAGCGUUGGGAGAAAAAUCAACGAGCGCAUCAUUCACGUGCUGGACGAGCAGGGCAACGACCUGGGCCACAUGCACCGGGCAAACGUGAUCAGGCUCAUGGCUGAGCGGGGCCUGCGGCUGGUGCAGCGGGACGCCAGCGCGGAGCCCCCCCAGUACCAGCUCCUGACAGGCGCACAGAUCCACCAGGAGCGGCUGCGGCUCAGAGAGGCAGAGAGGGCCGCACCCAAGCCGGGACCCACCCUGACCAAGGAGCUGACUUUUUCUUCAAAUAUUGGACAACAUGAUCUGGACACAAAGAGUAAACAGAUUCAGCACUGGAUCGAAAAAAAGUACAAAGUCCAGAUUACAGUAAAGAAAGGGAAGAGUGCAGAUGAGCCCGAGGACAAAAUGGAGGAGAUGUGUAAUCAAAUCGUCCAGACCAUGUCUGGAAUUGCAACCUUCUCAUCCCGGCCACAGCCCAUCAGAGGAGGCAAGGCUGUGAUGUGUGUUCUUCGUCCCUUGAGCAAAAAGGAGGAGGCUGCGUGGAGAGCAGCUCCGGACACCCCAAGAAGAGAUGCUCUGAACGGGGGAGACGGGAAGGAUGGAGCAUCUGGUGUCCUGCCCCAGUGACUUUAAUAGACACAUGCUUCCAGGGGAGAGAGCUGCAGUGGCUGGUCUGUGGUCCUCCACACAGCGCAGGCGGGUGUGCAGCUGUGGUCAGCAUGGUGACGUGGAGAGUACGUGGCCUUCCAUGCAGCUCAGCGGCUCCCCAUUCAUGGGCAAAGGCACAGCGUGGCCCUGUGUCCUUUUAGGAGGGACGUACCCACUGAGCCGGGAGGCCAGGCUCCGCUUCCUACGAGACGGCCUCACCUUAGGGAAUAAGGAAGACAGAGCAAGUCAGGCCUCAUGUCUGCAAGUUCUGCAGCUGGGUCCACCAACAGCCCAUCCAAAGUGUUUUUAAAAAAGGAAAAAUUCAGAAAGUUCCAAAAGGCAAAGUUUGAAUUUGCCGUGCACUGACAACAAUUUACACAGCAUUUCCAUUGUAUUAGGUAUCAUAAGGAACGUAGAGAUAAUUCAUGGUACACAGGAGGAUGUGCGGAGGUUACAUGCAAAUACAGAUGGCCCUGGAACUCGGGUAGGCGGGCAGGGCGUUAGGCACAUGGACACGAGCACAGUCGAAAACCUACAUAUACUCAAGCACCUGCGGACUCUGGUAUCCUGGGGGGUCCCAGAGCCAACUCCCCACGGAUACCAAGGGAUGACUAACUUUAAUUCAAAAUCAAAACUAUCAGAAUCGUACGCCUGUCAGGCAUGCGACUGCUGCAGCACACAAUAAAACUCGGAAAUAAGGACGCGAGCGCCACGUGAGCGCUUCGAUAGGCCGACAGACUCACACACCAAUAAGUAGUUGAAAAUAUGCCAAAUAGCAUAUUUAGCAUCUGGUUUAAGCAAUUCAUGUUUUAAAAUUAAUAGCAUGCUAAGUCUCAACUUACUUUGGUUUUCUUCAUGUUGGGGUCAUGCACAACGGCAUGCCUGCUGAGGCUCUGCUGCGGUGAAGGAGAGAGAGACAGUGAGUAUAUUUGUGAGACACCCUUGGAGUCUGUUCAAGUCCCAUGAGUUACUCAGAUAAACCAACAUCCUUCUUUCUGUUUUGUUCUGUGGAGGGAUCUGACCUCCAGCACUGGAGCACACUGCUCCCUCUUCCACUGAAAUCCCUGCCUUCCCGCAGGACCCAGGUUAGGAGUGUGUGUGGUCCCCGCCUGCAGAGGGGGCAGGGGUGGGAGGGGGCCAGGUCUGAAUGGACUCUUCUGAGCUGAAGGAGGGAGACUCUUCUAAUUACCCCGGUGUCUAUAGCACCCGCAACCCCCCUGGAAAGUGUGGCCCAGGUCUGGUCUCCGCCCUGUCGCUGACCACGACCCUCACCCUCCACUGGCUACUGUAGUUCAGUCACUGCCUGUGACAGCACCAGCUGGGCACGGGUCCACAGGGUCGGGGUCCUGCUCUCAAAAUCUGGACUAAUAUCCCGAAGCUCUCAGACCCCACCCAGUUCCCAAUCCCCAGACCACUUGCAGUUCAAAAGGACACCCAGGACAUCAGGAGACUCUUUAACAGUAUGCAUAUGGUGCCACUGGCCACUGGGUCUCAAAUUUAGUCACCUAAGAAUCACCUGGGAAGUUGGUUAAAAAACAAAUGAGUGGACCCAUCCCCCAGACUUCUGAGUCAGUGGGUCUGCAGCGGGGCCUGGAUGUGCAUUUCUGGCAGGUUCCAGCCAUGCUGAGGGCUGGACUUCAAGGGGCAGGAGCAGGGGCCCAUCUGGUGUUUGCCCAGCUUGGUGGAGAACCACUCCCGCUGGAGCCAGAAUGAUGGGCCAGACCCCCGCCCUCCAGCCCCUGCAUCUCCCAGGAGCCUGGCAGAAAAGAUGCAGACCCCAAGGGCGGCCCCCCACCCCUGAGGCGGGCAGUUGGGCAGGGCUCACCUUCAUGGCAAAGGUCUUGCCGCAGCCGGCAUGCUCGCACACGAAGGGGCGCUGCUGCUCGUGGAAGGAGAGGAUGUGGCUUUGGAGGUUGAAGACGGUGGUGUAGGUGCGGCCGCAGCCUGCCCGGGGACACCGGCACACGUCCCGCUCCGGGGCGUGCAUCCUCAUGUGCUGCCGCAGGAAGUCCUUGCGCUUAAACGUUUUCUGGCACACGCCACACCUUAUGUCCUCUGGGGGAGCAGAAGCAAGGGGAGCCCACGUCCCCGGCGUUAACCAUAGAGAAAAAGCAAACACUGAAUAUAUCAAGUAAUGGGUUCAACGCCAGAAGCCUGAUGACAACACACUAAUCAGAAUGUCGGGUGGAGGAAGCGAACUGCAGUGCUUGCUUCUUGAAGGUCUGCCUUAGCUCUUCUACAUUCCUAUGUGAUACACGGUCCCCCGGCCCUGUUAAGUACAGGGCUUCUCUGCAUGGAGCUGCGGGCAGGGAAGCAAGUUACACAGACCCGUCUGCUCCCUUGUCCUCGGGCACAGAGGGCACGCUCCCAGCUGCCCCCACAGACUCCAGCCAGGGCCUCCCCACGUGCCUCCCCCGCUGGAGCCUUUAAGAUGCCAGGUGAGCACAGGCCUGGAGACCCGGCCCAGCUCCUCCUGAACCUGGGGCUACGGGUCUCUCUGAUCAUGUGUCCAACACCCAGGGACCCAGUGCUUAACAAGACAUACUACAGAGACAUACUACAGAGAGUAAUAGAUGAUAAUCUAUUACUUUCCCGAGCAUGUGUAAUAGUUCUACAGGAGCAGAUAUUACAUUUCUAUCAUGUCCCCUGUGCUGGCCUUACCUUUAUGGGUUUCUCUCAUGUGUUUUAGAAGCUCUGUCCAUGUUUUUGCCACAAAAGAACAUUCUUUUUGACAUAUAUAGCCUAUUAAAAAAACAAACAGA